UCUAGAAGGGCUACGCUCAAGGUACGACAAUUUUUCCGUGUCAACCAACUGUGUUCCUUUAUUUUUUAAUUUCGAAGUCUUUGUCUGACUGAUGCUGUAAUCAAACCAGAAUACACGCAUACUCCUGCUCCUUCAAGGCCUACUAAUAACUCCACCUCUCAAGCCUCGGAAACCACAGAGCCAGAGCCGUUGUUAUCCCUUAUCACAUCACACCCACUGCUUUCGUCCGCAAUCAACAGCUCCAUGUCAGUCUAUACAUCGUCCAAAACAUACUCUCCCAAGUUCAGAUACGGCGCCGAGUUCAUUGAGCGGAACAUUGGCCCCCAAGUUCUGAACACCGUGGGCUCAGUUGGCCGGCGGACCGGAGUUGAAGGCGGCCUCCGCUGGGCCCUUCAGCGUAGGGAGAGCGUCAACAACAAAUCCAACGCCAAUUCCAGUUCCAAUAGCAAUAUUCAGGCUGCAGAGACAGCAGAUAUCGAGAAAGGCAUGCACGACCUCCGAACCAGCCAUUCAAGACGGUCAUCAACCCUUUCGUCUGAACCCCUACCACCUUAUGAUAACGCUUCUUCCCCGAAAUACGACGAGCUGUACAAGGGUAAUCAGCAACCCCAGCAGCAGUCUCAGACCCAAUAUUCCUGGCAAAACCGGCUCAUGAUUUCCACUUCGGGUCUCGGAGUAGCAAUGAGCGAAGAAUCGCUCAGAAGCUUGACCUAUUGCCUCACCUGGCUGCAGUGGGCAAAUAGGCGGAUCGGGGCGUCCGUGGGCAGUCUCAAGGAAGCACUCAGGGAAUGGGAUACCUCUAACCAGCUUAAUACGGAAAACAGGACAAGUGAAGAAGGCGGUCAGCAGCAAAGCCCUGCAUUACUGUCUCAGCAAAUCCAGCAGGUCAAAGGAGAUGUCCUGCAGACGUUGAAGAUGGUGGUCGACGUUGUGUCCAAGUACGCCGGCGGAGCCCUACCUGAGAAUGCCCGCAACCUCGUGCGAAGACACCUCACAUCUCUACCGCAGCGGUUCCGUAUCGCGUUCAACUCCAACAUACCGGCAGAUGGUUCUGCUCCUGAAUCAGAGAUGAGAACGAGGGCUUUCCGCGUCCUCGUGCUGGCUGAGGAAGGCCUUGAUAUGAUGGGCCAGGUCAGUAACGUCGUAAACGAUACCCUCGUCAGCGCCGAAAACUGGUGUGAUACACUACGACGACAGAGGCCAUCUGCAAGCAGCAGCAGCAAUAAUAAUAAUAAUACCAACACACAAAACAUGUCACAACCUCCUUACUUCGAGGAUGACUUGGACCGCAAGGUUCCUAUCCCCAUGCCAGCUCAACGGGAAGAUGUGGAGAUGGAUGAAUAAAAGCAACGGUGUACCCGUUGUGCGGAGAUGAUCUAAUGUCCUAUAUUAUACGGCUGCUAUCUUAUCACUUUCUGUGCGCGUUUGUGGCCCUGCUGAGCUUCCUUUCUCAUUUUUCUCAUUCUUUUCUUUAUACCCCCUUGUUGUCCAAAAACUUGAAUGGCCGUAGGCCAAACGUCUUCUUUCCUCUCCUUUGUCUCUCUCUUUUACGAUCCUUUAUUGUUCUCACGAUGUAUUCUGGCUGUCGAAUAUGUUGCUAUCGUGUUUAAAUAGGCGUUCUUCCUUGGGAGUCUGGAUAUGCAGAAAAUCAUUCUUUAGUAGACCCAUAAACUGUUUAGGACUCUGUUCAGUCAUGCUCUAAUAAAUGGGCUUUUCUUUUCAAGUAUUCUUAUCCCUUGUAGGAGGUUUGGCGGGUCAUCACCU